AUGAUUAAAAAUGUCCAGCCUCAUUCUAGAGAGUUCAUGUCCUCUCCUCCGAGAAGGUACUCGUCAUUGUAUGCCAAUAAUGGGACAGUUACAUCGGUAUCAUCAUCACUGUCCUCAAUAAGACCAGACUCACCAAGAUAUAGCACUAAUAACAUCACAACAACAACAAGUGUUGAAUUAAUUACUCCUGUAAAAGCCUUCAUACCCAAAAUUAUUCUUAAAAAGAAGGUUCCUGAGACUUUUUGUCCUCCAAAGAGAAAAGGGCACUCAAUGACUUUUUGGAAUAAUAGAUUAUAUUUAUUCGGAGGUUAUCAAGGAGGACAUUCAAACGAUCUAUGGUUUUUGGAAGGAAAUAAGUGGAAAAAAUUGGAUGUUCAGGGUGUGUUACCUGUAAAACGUUCAAAUCAUUCUUCGGCAAUGUAUAGAAAUCAUCUUAUUGUUUUUGGAGGUGAUAAGGGAACGGAUUUAAUGAAUGAUAUGUGGAUUAUAGAUCUUUCAAAACCAGAGUCGGAUAUGAGAUGGAGAAAAGUAAUCCCAAAGAACCAGCCACCAAAAGUUAGAUAUGCUCAUUGCUCAUGCAUUUUGAAUGAAAAAUUAAUGUUAUUUGGAGGAUAUUCAACUUCCUAUCUGAAUGAUCUAUAUGAAUUUGAUUUUAAAACUUUAUUAUGGUCCCCAAUAAGUGUUAACGAUGCUCCUCCAGAGAGGUGUCACUUUACAAUGACAGCCAUACCCGAGUGUAGCUCAUUAUUAGUGUAUGGUGGUUCAAAUGGAGAAAAUAAUUUGAAUGAUGUUUGGGUUUUCAAUCGAUCAUUUUGCACAUGGUCUUUGUUGCAAAUGAAUACUGAUGUUGGUUGGCAAAAGGGCAUUAAACCAUGCCCAAGAUCCAAACAUGCUUGUACUAAAAUAUCUAGGGAUACACUUUUAAUACAUGGAGGUAAUGUGAGUCCUUCUAAGGAUAAUAAUAUUUGGAUGCUAAAGCUCACAGGGUUUUACGAAGACAAGAGGUCACUAGGAGUAGAAUGGAAAAAGUUAGAAUUCUUAGCUGCGGAUGGUUUUUGCAUUCGAGAAGCUCACUCUAUGAAUACAGUUGAGACUGAUAUUGUGAUAUUUGGAGGUUUUGCACCACAUGUGGAAGGUCAUUAUAGAAACGAUACUUGGUGGGGAGACAUUUCCUCACUGUUGGAAAAUUCAUUUGAGGAACCUGAGGAAACAGACGAGGAAGAAGCUGAACCAAAGCUGGUUGACAAUGAAAUUGAACAAGAAAUUCUCAAUAGAAUCAAUGAAGCUAUGGGAAGAGAAAAGCCAAUCAACAAAGGUUCUGAGUUUGAUUCGGCAGACAUUUUUGAAAAGAUGGAACUUUACACACCAAGAAAAGUGGAAGGCCUUAAGAGAUCAACAACUCCAGAUAGAAACGCAAGCCCAGAUAAGAAAAUCUUAGAAACACCAAAGAGAACUAACUCGCCAAAACGAGGAAGUACCACACCACAAGAAACAACAACUCCAAAGAAUUCAGAUUCCACAUCUCAAAAAGUAAAUAUUUUAGAAAAAUUGGUGGUUGAAUUAAGUGAAACAGUUCAACAAUUAACAAUUUCUCUUUCAACGGAAACAAAGAGAAGGAUAUCAAUGGAACGUGAAAUUGAAAUGAUAAAAAAGAAACCAGGUACUAUCAUUCCGCUUCAUGAUCUAUCAUCUAAUAUCCAACAAGAUGAAGAUGAAUCUAAUUUGUAUUCGGAAAUAAAAAGUAGUAAUCAUAAUUUCAAGGAAGUGGAUUGGUUCGAAGACUUGGAUCAAAAGAAUAAUUUUAAUAAUAAUAAUAAUUGGAAUGUUGAUGAGGAGACUUUUAAUUUGGAUUAUAUUAACGAAGAAAAUAUUAAAGAGGAUAUUACUCCUAUCAUAACAGUGACCAACGAUCAUGGUGAUGAUGAAAUUACUUUAGCGUACUAUCAAUCUAAAGAUGAUCAAAGUGAUAAUACAAGCAAUGACGAUGAUGAAGAAUUAGAUUUAGAACAGGAAUUUGAAAUCAUUCCAAACUCAAGUCUUCCAAAGUUGGAGAGAAUGAAUUCACUAAAGGAGUGGAAUGCAUCCUCAAAACCAUUCUUAAAUCAAGAUACCUUUUUCUGUAUAUAUGUAUAUUUAGAGGACGUGUUUGAUAUUUUGAGACUUUCUCAAGUAUGUCAAGCAAGUAAUGCAGCAUUUAGAGAUCCUUACUUGUGGAGAAAUGAAAUUAAGAAGAGAACAAUCACCUCAAUGAAUCUCUAUCCAGAAUUAAAUAAUUCAGUGGUUGAUGAGAAAUCUGGAAAACAAGAAAGAAUGGAUGUGAUUUAUAAAUACUGUAGAUUAUUAAUGGAUAACAAAAUGGAUGGAAUUAGACGUUUUGACGGCAUAAGGAAGGCACAAAAAACAUCUGAGAUUGCCAAUAUUGAAAAACAAAAACAAGCAAUCAAAGAUUCUGAACAAAAACUACUUGGAUUAAUAGCUUUAACGGUUGUAUCUUUCCUAUUGGGGUUAGAUUUCCUCAGACUAAUUAUGAGAAUGAUUGCUUAUUUAAUUUACUUUGUUGCAAGUUUUGUUGUACCAAUAAUUAUUUGGUAUUACUAUUCAAGUGCUUCACAAAGAAAAGAAAAAGGUAUUGCUUUCAAACGUUACGGCCUUCCAAUUUGCUUUUUCAGCGCAGCUGUAUUCAUAUCUCAGUUCUCAUUUGUAAAUACUAUCAUUAUGAUUGCAUGUACCUUAUUUACUGGAUAUUUGAGUGGUCACCUAAUUGUGGAAAGGAGAGUUAAAAAACAAUAUGUAGCACUGAACGAAAACAUUAGUUCUAUCAGGAGAGAGAUUGAUUGUCUAGAGAAGGAAACCUCAGAGAAAGUAGAGCAAUUAAUGAAAAUUUCUCGAAAAAUACCAUUAGGAUACAGACCAACCACCAAUAGACGAGAAAGUCCACCAGCUGCCUCUAACAAUAUCUGUAUGAUUCAAUAACAAAUUAUUAUUUUAUUAUUCAAUAACAACAUCCAGUUUUU